GUGAGCUCCAGUGGGGCCUGCUGGGGUGAGCACUCGGUCCAUGGAUGAAGAAGCUCGGGGGCUGGUGACAGCAGGUGGUCUCUGCCUCACUUUAAACCUCGGUCCCCCACGGUCCUCCACGGUCCUCCACGGCCAUCCAUCCAGAGGCUGAGUGGCUCCUCCAAGGCUACCAGCCUCCCCGCCAAGCUCCCGGCCCCCGGCUGGCCAGGCCUGCUGCAAAGCCCGCCGAGGGGCUCGGACAGUGCCGGGCUCCAGAAGUGAUAGCUAAUUGGGGAGAGAAAGGGCCCGAUUGUCUCGCGGCGGCCGGAAGAGCGGCGUGGGCCGCUGAAAGGGCCGGGAGGAGGUGGCCGCUUCGCCCAGCAGCUGCCGCCUGGAGAUGUUUGGGGAUUACGUCAGCGCUGGCGGGUAGGGGCAGCAGGGCCAGCGGAGGAGGCGGGCUCGCGGCGGCCUCCCGCCCCCCGGGCCCCUGGACAAUGCCCGCAUUGUCGGUGCCGAGAGUGGUUAAUUCUGGCUGAAUGGUACACGGGCCUCUUGACCAAGGAGGCUGCUUGUCGCCCCGAUCUGUCCUCUCAGGAGGGCCUGCCUGCCUGGGGGGCUGCGGACAGCGGGGGUCAGUCCCUGCGAGGGGCCGUGUGUCCAGCCUGGGGAGGCAGUUGUCACCAGGGGUUGGGGGUGGCAGCUUCUCAGCAUGGGCUCCUGGCUGGGGGGUGGUGUGGGCCCUGACCCACUCAUGGUGCUGCUGGUGGUCAUCCUGCUGGUGCGUUUCAUCUUGUGGUCCUGCCUGGGGACCUACAUUGACCACAGGCUGGCCCGGCCGCCGCUGCAGCCCCGAAAAGCCAAGCGGGACUAGGGUUUUGUGCUGACAUGGUUGUUCCCUGGGGAGGGGUCAGGGGACUGGGGAGCACACACCUGAGCUUACUGGUUUUGCUUCCAGCUAAUGCUCCUCCCCCUCUUCUCUCCAAGUGUCCACUCCUUGGAGUUGACCACUCUGGCCCCUUCACACCUGACCAGGCAGCUGACUCCUAUGUCCUAAGGGUUAUGGAAGAGACCUGGGAUGCAUGGUGACUGCCCAGACUGAUCCUAUGGGUAUGACCACCCACCUGGGGUAUGGGAGGGAUUGUGGCCAGCUUUCUGUCACCAGGUCCUGAAUCCCCAGCUGUAGUGAGUGCUCUGGGUAGGUAUCUAACUCUAAGCCUGUCUCAGCCUCCAAUUCUUCAUAAAUACAUUUGCAGGAAGUGGCUGGAGGGGACCAGGGAUGUUGGCAGAGAGGCCAGCCACAAGGACACCUGUGACUCCAUCAUGAGCUAGCCCUGUUGGGGUCCCUUCCUUCCUAACCAGUCAUUUCUGGCUUCCCAAGUGUCUGGGCUCACAGAGCAGACCUUGGGAAAGUUCUCAAGACAGACCUGGGACACCUAAGCUCAGGUCCAGCCAUCCUUUGUCAUGUGCGAACUCUGCCCAUCAGCCUACUCUAAGAUGGGCUGUGUGCCUCCCUCCUUUAGCAGGUCAGGGUAUAGGGGAAAGCCCCAGGAGCCUGCAGAUUCCCAUGCUUUGUGGAGAGUCGGUGAGUGGAGAAGCCAAGGGGCCUGCCAGGGUCCCCUGAGCACCUGUGGUUAAUCUGGGCAGCUGGGAUGCAUCUGGAAAGACUGACAGGGCAGGGAAGUUGAGUUGUGGCCACACAGCAAUCGUCCCCUCUUUACCAUCACAUGGGUAGAGACGCCACCAAUUUAACUACCAGGAUGGGGUAGCUUGGUGGCUUCUGCCCAGCACAGACUUACAGCACUCCGGGAGACCUUGGCAAAUGCUGGCGCCCGCUCCACCCCAGACCAGCUGAUGUGUCACCUCUGGGAAUCUGUAUGUACGAUCCCAGGAGCAGUUUCCAGACCACAGCAAGAAUCACCUCUCUGAUCACCUCAUGAGGAACAAAGAACUUGGCGAGGGAAGGUUGACUCUUUUGCAGUGGCUCUGAGAAGCACUGGCCCAGUAUCUUCUGAGAGGAGAUAGUGACAGGGACACUGGCUGUGCCUCACUCCUGGAACAGUAAGGAGGUGCAAAGAUGCUGGCCUGGGAAACAUGAACUGAGUUGUGUGGACACAGGUUUCUCCAAGCACUGGUCCACGGGUCCUGGAUGUCUUUUGUUGGUCAAGAGCAGGGUCACAGGUGGCCACGAGAAGGCUGGAGUCACUUGGUCUGGAUCAGGAGACAUUCAGGACCUCCUGACUCAGGAGAACUAAGGAUUGGAGAGCAGUGACUGUCCAGGCCAGAGCUGACCAGCUGGAGCGAGUGUGACAGUGACAGUCCAGGGAACAAUGUGAGGCAACCUAGAUGAAGGUUGCAUCUUGUUGAGGGCAGUGUUCAGGGGUACAGUCCCUGAGAUUUGUCCCCUGGCUGGUUGGAUUAACGGGCAGAGUUCUAGGGUCCCGUCUCCUCAUCAAGGACAGUUAGCCAGGCCGAGGACUCUGCAUGAACAUUUUUGCUGCCCUAGGAGAAGGAUGUUUACAUUGCUGUUUAAGAAAAGUGUUAUCUAAUUUUCUUUGCAAUUAUCAUGCAUGAUUUGACUGAUCUCUUUAAGGAAGGAAAAUCGCAUUUGCUGUCAUGAUCUAAAGCUGGUGGAGCUGGAGGGGGCAGCGUUCCCAGGCUGCCAUCCUGGAUUUAGAACGAGAAGCCCCAGACACACCAGGCAUCCGUGGAGGUGGGGAAGGUUUGCAGUUUGAGCAGCGUGCGGCUCACACCCUGUGGUGGUCCAGUGACAUGUGACUCCCGUGUCACCGGGCUGUCUCUUUGAUUGUACAGAACCGGCUGAAUUUACCUUUUGCUCCAGGGAGCCAGAAUUCAUGGGCUUCUUCUAGAAUAGAGACGAGGACACACUCUUCUGCCUCAGGGGUCCACCAGAUACGACAGAGGCUGAGGCUGGCUGCCACCACAAGGGCCCACCAGAGACAGGGUUCUGCCAACCUAUAAGUGCCUCCCUGUUUCAGUUACCCUGGUCAGUGAUUUCCUCUUAUUUCUUGAGGUAGUUUAUGUUCAUUUCUGUUACCAUCCAAUGAAAGAACUUUCUGGAAGCACAGUCAGCACCCACUGCCUCCUGACAGUGCCUGGCUCGGAGCAGGUGCUUGGGAAGUAAUGGCCGAUUGAGCUCAGGAGGCAUCUGGUCAUCUCAGGUAGCACUUCGAGUAACAGAUAAGUGGACACCAGUGACUCAAACAGCGAGAAUUUCUUUUUUAAUUUCAGUUUUUGUUUCACUUAUAGAAAGUCAGCUAGCACUUGGCAUUCCCAGGCUGUGGUAUGGUAGCUCCCUGACUUUACUGUAGAUUCAGUCCCUGCCAUAUGUUUGUACUACUGUCCUUUUGUCUUUGUAUGACAAGAAGGCUACUGCUGCUCCGGGCAUCUUACAUGAGUUCUAGGCAGGAAAAGAAAAGACAGAGCGAUGGAGAUGAAUAGCAAUGUCCUGGAAGCCUUUAGUUUUCUAUCUCAUGUGCCUGAAGGAUGCCCCACGGCAUCUCUAGGGGAAGACAUGGCCGAGAAGUGGCAUUUGUUAGCUGUGCACAUUGUCUCCCUGGGUAACACUGAGCCUCUGUUCCAAGGGAAGGAUGGCAAACUGGCACUCAGGUAGUUAGCUUUUUUGUCUAUGCCACUGGCCCCUUGGUCACUCUUUGCAGUGGCGGUCUUUAACUGGGUAUUUUGGUGUCUUUUGUAACUCCAUUAGGUUCUGAUUUUGCCCUGCUGAUCACUGGGAAUACUGCAUGUGCCCACUUCCCUUGGCAGUACCACGCCAGUGUCAGACAUUGAAAUCUUCCAUGGCUUCCCAUGGGCUCCUAAGAUAGUGUCCCAGGGCUCUCUAGGACAGAGUGAUAUUCCCCUGCUACACAAGCAGGGAGGUACCCCUCCUAGCUGGCAGCCUUUUCGGCAGAUUGGCAGGAGGGAGGCAGACAGUGAAUAGCUGAUGGGCAGCAGGUGGAAAGGUGCACCCCAAUGUCCCUACAACAUCCAGUCUCUUAGAGUGAGGCUGAGUUUGGACCUCGGCCCUUUAAAGAGGCGAUUACAGUAAAAGAAGUCACAUGGGCUGGGCCCUAAUCCCAGAUGACUGGUGUUAGGACACAGCCAUGUGCAUGCACAGAGACAGACCUUGCAGAGAUGUGGCAAGAUGAUGACCACCUGUAAGCCAAGGAGCGAGAUCUCCAAAGGAGCCUUGGACUUCUGAUUUCCAGAACUCCAGUAAAUAUAUGUUGUUGAAGCCGCUCGCUGUGGUACCUUGUUAGGGUGGUGGGAGCUGACGGAUAACAUGGCUAAAUAAAGUAGUCAUUAACUCAGGAGGUAUACCCCAGGAAGAUCAGGAAACACACAUCGCUCUGCUGGGCAAAGGUGGCCACUGAGCACAGGAAGUAGGCUGGUGCAAAUGAAGAUAUUCUGUGAGCAGAAAGUCAGCACUAGUUAUUCAAGACACUGCAAAAGAGUGGACAGUCUCACUGACGAUGGUUUUGAAUUUGAUUAUGCAUCAAAAUGAUCACAAUGUUUUGGACACGUUGAUUUAAA